UUCUCUCUUCCUUGACGCCAUGGUUGCCGCGCCUAUCAUCCCGAGAACUUCGAAAGCCCUAAACCAUCUCCUCACCUUCUCCAUCGUCGACCAGGAUGCUGACUGGAUCUCACAUCUCCCUGGGCAACCCACCAACGUGGCCUUCUCGCAAUACUCCGGGUACAUCACUGUGAACGAGAAGGCAGGGCGGGCAUUGUUCUACUGGCUUGUUGAGACUCCGGCAUUAGUUCAGCAAGCGCCGCUUGUUCUCUGGCUCAAUGGAGGCCCUGGAUGCUCUGCGAUAGGUUAUGGCGCUUCUGAGGAGCUUGGUCCAUUCCGUAUCAACUCCGACGGAAGACACUGUUCUUCAAUCAGUAUGCUUGAAAUAAAGUGGCGAAUAUACUAUUUUUUUUUUGAGUCACCGGCGGGUGUUGGAUUCUUAUAUACCAAUACGUCUUCGGAUUUGUACACUGUUGGAGACCAUAGAACAGCCAUAGAUGCGUACCAUUUCCUUGUGAAUUGGCGUGAGAGGUUCCCUCAGUACAAACAUACGGAUUUCUAUAUUGCUGGAGAGAGCUAUGCAGGGCACUAUGUUCCUCAAUUGUCCCAACUUGUUUAUAGGAAGAACAAGGGAAUUCAAAAUCCAAUCAUUAACUUGAAGGGAUUCAUGGUGGGGAACGCUGUGACUGAUGAUUACAAUGACUAUGUGGGCACCUUUCAGUACUGGUGGACUCAUGGUUUGAUUUCUGAUGACACCUAUAAAGAUCUGAAGGUCACUUGUGACCUUCAAUCUUCCGAACAUCCAUCAAUGGAGUGUGUGAAGGUCCUCGACUCCGUCAGUUUAGAGUUUGGUAACAUUGAUCCAUACAAUAUAUACACAAUCACUUGCAAUAUGACUGAAUCUCUCAAACGCACUUUGAGGGGUCAUUAUCCUUGGAUGUCCAGAGCAUAUGAUCCAUGCACUGAAAGCUAUGCCAGGAUGUAUUACAACCAUCCUGAAGUUCAGAAGGCACUCCAUGUAAAUGUUACUGGGAUAAAUCAUGCUUGGGAUACGUGCAGUAAUAUUGUUGGGACCUAUUGGGCAGACUCUCCUAGAUCAAUGCUUCCUAUCUAUCGUGAACUUAUUACGGGAGGCCUAAGGAUAUGGGUGUUCAGUAUAGACACAGAUGCUGUAGUUCCUGUGAUAGCAACUAGAUAUUCAAUCGAUGCUCUCAAGCUCCCAACCAUCACCAAUUGGUAUCCAUAAUAUGACAACGGAAAGGUUGGUGGAUGAUGCCAGGUUUAUCAAGGCUUGACCUUUGUAACCAUUACUAGAGUUGGACAUGAGGUUCCCCUUCAUCGGCCUCGCCAAGCUAUGAUACUUUUCAGACAUUUUCUGCAAAAUAAGCCUAUGCCGCAAGCUACUUCAGUGAACUAA